ACUGCUGGUGAAAUAUUAACCGCGGCUGUCUGUCCUGCACGCUGCAUUCCCCCUGGGAAGCCAAGAACGUGCACCUUCACAAGAACUUCUUCAGCAAUAUCAGACCCCAUUUACUGGAAUUAUAAGACCUGCACCCCAGGAUUUGGCUGCGCCCAUCGUGGAUUUAACUCUUAAGGAUAUCACCUUGGCUUCUUUUUGUUUGAAAGUUCAUACCCAUCUAUUGAGAUGGAAUAUGCGGGCCCCCUACAUGUGAAGAUUUGGAUAUGGGUGUGACUGGUUUACUUAUCCUGCUACAGAUGUUACUUAUUAAUGUGAAGCUUGUUACUUCCCUGCCAUUCUGCGAUAAAUCAGUUCUCGAUUAUUACAUCAGAUCCAUCGCUGAUCAAGAAAAAGCAAUGAAUGUUCCAUGUCAGUUCUCAGAGAAUGUCACCCUACCACAACCCAACCUGAAUGCGGAAUGGCGGAGGCUCCAGACGUCUCAGCAGGAGGCCGACAUUCUGCAUGGAUUUACGCUACUUCUUGAUUCUGUUCCGAAAGUGACAACGUUUGUCUCACAAUGCAAGUUAGAACUGUCCUUACAGAGGUUCUCCAGCAACAUACGGACACUGACCAACAUCCUGCAAAGAGUCAACCAGAAGACUGAAACACAGAAUUCGGAGCAUGAAGUACGGACUCUGACUGUAUCGACUUUACAGCAAUUCUACACUGUUUACAGAAACAUUUUAAUAGGAAAAUAUAAAACUCUUAUAAUAUCUCUGUGCAAAAGCCUUCAACACAGAUGAUAAGUGUCCUGGAUAAAGGUCACCUCCACUCCAAAAAUCAAGGACUGCUUUCGGAACGCGAGUGUUAAUGGACGACUGUUAUAUGUUUGUUGCGUUUGUUUAUCUGUAAGUGGA